AUGACCAGAAUGAAGAACAACCCCAAAGCAUACGGUCCACAUGUGCUCAUUGUCUCAUGCUUCGACUCUCGCGCCGACCCAUUCGACUUUCUGAAGCUGAUGCCACGUGAAUGUCUUGUGCUGCGGAACGUGGCAGGCCGCUUUUCCACCGUCGCAGAACAGAUCGCCGCACUCGAUACUCUCUUCCAUGUCUCCCAGAUCGUGCUGGUUCAUCAUAGCAAUUGCGGAGCUUCGCACGUCACCACGCAGCAGGGGCUCGAGAGCGUUCGUGAGAAGAGACCCGACUUCACAGAGUUUAAAGAGCUUGAAGCUAGAUUGCCUAUAAAGGAGGACAACUACGAGUCGGUGAUCGAAGACCUGCAGAUGGUCAAGCGCAACGGGUACUUGAGAAAAGAUCUGACUGAUGGCGCUGCCGUGUUCUGGCUUGACGUUGAGACCGGGUUGUUGACGAGAGUAUAUGCUGAUGGAAGCACGAGCAGGAUGUAG